AUGGGUUUUCAUGAGCAGGAUUUAUGCACAUCCAUUAAUAUUAAACCAGCCCAUUUGUUGAACUCAUCUUCUAACAGAGAUUCAAGUGCCAUGGCAGAAAGAGAUGGGACCAGAGUUUUGGUUCCAAGUGCAGAGGCCACAGCCUUUCCAGGCGAUGAGAAUGAAGGAAAUGAUCAUCUAAACAGUAAUCAUUUCCAGCAGCCGCCUGUUGUUUCCCCAGUGGAUCAUGAUUCGAAUGUGCCAUACAACAUAUCAGUUGAUCGAAUCCUUCUCUGCAGCACGUCUCCAAUGAAUGUCCUGCAACAUGUCACUUACAACUCAGAGAACAGCAUGAAGAAUGUCCUUGUUCUUGUGAGAAUUGAUAAUGCCCUUGUAUUUGAUAGAGAUAAAGGAUGGGAUUCAUUGCUUAGUACCAACAGAUGGCAAGACCCUCGAGGUCGAUGA